AUGAGCGCAGCAGACUACUACGUAAGUCCCCCAACCGGAAAAACAUUGUUAAUUGAUCCCAUGGACUCGAAAGCAGUUACUAACUACCAGAACAACUCGGGCAAGCAGCAACAAGGAGGUAGCUAUGCCCCUCCUCCUCAUGCUCCACCAAACUACGGCGGAGGCAGCAGCGGCCAGGGCGGAGGCUACAAUAUGAACCAGGGCGAUGGUCCGCGCGGUUACGGCGGAGGCUCCAAUCAGGGCGGUUACGGCGGUGGUUAUAACCAAGGUGGAUACGGCGGUGGCUACAACCAGGGCCCCCCUCAAGGAAACUAUGGCUAUCAACAAGGAUACCCGCAACAAGGCUACCCACAACAGCCUGUGUACGUCCAGCAAGCCAGGCCGCAGGGAGGUGGAGAGGAAGCAAUGUACUGCGCCUGCUGCACGGCCCUGCUUGCUGGUCUGUGCAUUGGUGAACUGAUUUAA